AUGGAAGAUGUGGACCCUGGGCAGGGUCUGAGACUCUGUUGCGAUUACCGUCGCCUGAAUGCCAUCACAGUGCGCAACCGUUACCUGCUGCCCCUGAUUCCUGAGUUGUUGGAGCGGCUCUGGGAGGCGACGGUGUUCACAAAACUGGACUUGCGUGGGGCUUAUAAUCUGGUCCGAGUCUGGGUGGGAGACAAAUGGAAGACGGCCUUUGGCACCCGGUACGGACAUUUCGAGUACACAGUCAUGCCGUUUGGUUUGACCAAUGCCCCAGCAGUCUUCCAGCACUUCAUGAGCGAUAUCUUCCGGGACCUCUUGGAUCAGUUUUUCGUCAUUUACCUGGACGACAUCUUGAUCUACUUGACGUCUCGGAAGGAUCAUCAGCACCACCUACGCCUGGUCCUGCAAUGA